AGGUGUCAUCUGAAUGACAGACAAAAAGGUAAGAGACGAUUUAGAAGUUUCUGCCUUCUUUGCAAAAGGGUUACUGACAACAUCUUUCCAAUCCGUUUCUUUUUGACUCCUCUUCUGGCAUGAAGCGUUCUGUCAAAAACGGCGUUCCGGGCUCUCGCCAGGCUUACUUAAAUAAAAGCAAAUUUAACCCAAAUCGAUACAAGCAAGAGAACGAGUGCGUUACAAAAGGGACAGAAUUUGUAAUGACUAGCUUGUGCUGCCGGCGGUGCUGCGAAAUUAUUCAAUGGAAGGUAGAUUACGGUAAAUACGUGACUCAGGAGCUGGCUCGCCGUUGCAAUUUAUGUCACGAAAAAAACGUGACGUUGCCUUACCAUCGCAUAUGCCAGAAAUGCGCGGAGGAAGCUACUGUUUGUGCAAAGUGCCAAAAGUCGCCUCUGUCUGAAAAGACGGCUACUGUGAAUGAGGAUUCCGAGAACAACUCUGCGGAAGACGCCGGGCGAAUAAGUGAGGAGCACAAAUACGAUUUUGUGGACUUUCCGAGUGAGGAUGAGGAGCUGCAUCAUUUACGAGGACUGAACGUGCGUGUGCUUCAGCGACGGCUGCACCGCAAGAAGGAGGCGGAAGAGAAAGAGGCGUUGAGCUCUCUACGGGAGCGCGAGCGGCGGACUGCGUUAAGGAAGGCCACCGUGAGAGACGAGGUCUCAGAUAGUGAUGAAAGUCUCUAAAUGCGAAACGUUAAAUGCUUCGAGUAACAUGUGUUGUAGUGAGUUUUCUAGCUUAAAUCUAAUUGAACUGUUUUCAUCGAAACUGAAAAGUACUGCCUUCAAUUGCAGGAAAGAAAAAAGGAAAGAGGUAGCGAGAAGAAAGUGAUGAAGACACAAAAUUAGCUGCAAUCAAAGCCUGUCUCUUUUUUUUUUUGAAAUGCGUUUCCUCGAUGCUCAGUCUGUCAGAUGUUCCCUUCAGCACAACGGCUGUUUAACUGCAGGCAAUGUGUUAGCCCCUUUUCAGAGUACGUUGCUUCAAAAGAAAAAGCAACCCUUCAAUUUACUUCACUUUUCACCUCUAGUUUCAUUCUCUUGCCUCUUCUCCAAUAAAUCGAUCACUCAAUACUGUAUUAAACGGAAACUGAAGAAACUGCAGCAUAUCCCAUUUAGCUCUUUGCCUGAAAGACCUUUGUAUUGCGAUAAUGGCGACCGCUAGCGGUACAAGUGGAGGAGCUUCUUUCCUCUUCCAACUCUCGUUGCUCUUUUCAGUUGGCUGGUGCGUUGUUUGGUGGAUACUGACUCUUGGGUUUUUAAUCUUCAAAGCCAUCUACCUUCCGUUUCCACCUGCCGCGCUCCCAAUGGAAAUUGUAGCGUCGGUGCUUGUUGUUGUCAUAAACAUUUUUGGUACCUUAAUUGGAAUCCGCGGUAACAAAACGGAAACUAUGCUAACAUUAAUCCUUUGCGCCUUUUUGUUAGCGGUUGCUGCGGUGGGGGCGAUAUACUACAUGUGGCUCCAAACCUAUGUUCUCAUGCUCGACCUUGCUUUCUCAGCUGCAUUUUUGGGAAUCAAUGCGUUGAGUGUUCUGCUUGCAAUCUGGGCAGCGCAGAAUGCUGUGAGGCACGCCCAAAUACCGACGUUCAAGCUCGAAAUAAGUGCCUCUCAAAACGAUAGGAAGAACAAGUAACAUACUCCUGUUUGACAACGCACAUCCUCAUAGAUUCAAUAUUUCUACAAAAAAUGAACAAAAUAUAGCUUCUUUUGUUCGCUACCCAACCAACUUUUCCCCUCUUCUUGGAGUGGUUUGUGAUUACUCUGGCGUGUACCAAGUUCUAAUGCCCAUGCGACAGAUGUUUGGUUUCUUUUUUUGUUUUAGUGCAUCAGAUGAUUUCUUCUUCGUUGGUAGAGAUGUAAGAGGAGGAAGGUAACUCAAACCGUUACGAAGUACGAACAGAUUUUUUUUUAUAUUCGACAAUCUCUCCUAGGCGUACCAGAAAGAGAAAAUGAAACGCAACACUGAAACACCUCGUUUCACAGAAUUCAACCUUAGAUUGCAUUCUUCUGAAAAUGUGUGCUUUUCAGUUUUUUUCCCCUCUAGAGUAGUGGCAUGCCGUUCUCUUCUUUCUGUUCAAGUAUAUAUCUUCUACCUUUCUCUCUUCAUCCUCUCUUAUUUAGUCUUUCAUGGCUUGCGUAGCGUUCCAGGGAGGUUACAGUUCUUUUUUUCCCGCUGUUCUCAUACUUUGUAUUGCUCGUGAACAAUCUCACUUUCGUAUUUAUAUAGAGCGAGUUCACUAUGUUUUACUCCCGCUUGUUUCUACUUUCGGCUUUGUGGCGUCCACAUUCCGAGCAAAUAAAGUUUUGGAUUGCCGCAUCAGCAAAAGAUGCUGAGAUGCUUUCACUUGCUCGAAUUUAUUUGCGUGACCUUGAUCUUUCGAAUGUUGUGGUCACACUUGAGGAUGGACUGGAACUAGCCGACUUUAUCUCGAAAGUUAAAUAUCCUCAAGAAAGCCGUGCAAUAUCGUUUCUUGCUAAGCAUUUUGAGGCCACAUGCAGUGAAUUGACGACACAGAAUCUUAGACAACUGUCAGCUGAUAUGCGACUUGCUGGCGGCGACUUAGAUCACUAUGAGGCCACGCUGGGCUCCUCGUCCUUUUUUGCCGCCUUUUCGCGUUGUAUUCAUUCUUCAGAGAGGGCUGAGCUGGUGCAAUUGGCUCUUCCGUUCUGCAAAUUUGUGAAUCAAAGAGGAUCUCAAACCAAACUCGUUGCUUCGCACCUUUUGCAAAUCGUUGCCAACGAGUUAGCGAGACAGCUCAAUGAGAGCGGCAACAAAGCCGAAUUUCUCGAUUUUCUUGCCAAACAAAACCUCCCGCUUGCGGCAGAGCAGUGGGAAGUUUUAAAAAGAGCGGUAUUUGCUCAAACGGCUCUUUUAGAUGCAGCAACUCUGCAGUCUCUAUUGGGGUUAAUAGUGACCCACCAAGUCCCCAGUCCCAAUUCUGCCUGGGGAUCUGUUAUUCAAGAAACGCUUGUGAAUACAGAGAGUAUCUCAAAAGCCAACGCCUGUAGCGUGGUGACCAACGUACUUCGUUGCAACUGUCCCGUGGCAAACUCGUUGAUUGAUCUACUGGUGGAGGACUUUCAAGAGCUCUCUGCGAAUGCGUUUCUGUUCAUUCUGACGGCGUGGCAAGAUGCCAAGUUAAGCAGCUGCGAGCUCGAGUUUUUCUCUUCUAGCUCGAUAAUUAGUCUUGAAGCUUGCACCGAGAAAAGGCUCGGUCGCUUCCUAAAUCCUAGCUUCUCCGACGACAGCCUUUUGUGGGUGUAUUGCCUCUCGUUUUUCUCGGUGAAGAAAGCAGCAUUUUUUUUAAAAUUACGAUACGCCGAUUCGCAAAAGACACCCAAGGCAUCAGCCAAAGCUGCUGCACUGCUGUGCAAAGUAAUGAUUAACACAAACGAGUUUCUCCCCGUAGUUGUGCACAGUGUCCGUGCACACGCCAAAAGCGACCUGCUUGAUCAAGAGGAAAGCAUUGCUGUGUUGCAUGUGUGUCAAAAAACCGGCGAGAGAGCACCACAAGAAUUAGUGAAGAGGGCAGCUGGCCGGUUAGGCUGGCGGCUUGUAACCUCUCACUCACAAGGUGGCGCAGCGAACCUGGCGUUAUCCUCAAACAGUUUUGCUGUGCUGCUGGCGGGCUUGUCUUUUGUGGACGACGAAGAACAACUCACGCUCUUAAAGCGUCUCUUGCAGGUUCAGCAGCUGACACCAGCGGUGGCCAUGACUGUUCUCCGCUACACACGCGAUGCAACAUCUAGAACGUGCCAGUUUACGAGAGCUAAAAUCGUUAAAAAGCUUAUUGAAGCUGCCCACAAGUUUACAGCCGAGGAGCUGAGUUUCACCAUGACCGUUUUGGCAGAGUUGAAGAUUCGUGACGCUGCCGCGAUUGAGCACCUUCUCCGCGAACUCGAGAUCAAAAAGCCGUCGUUCAAAGAUGUUGUAGCUGCGGGUAAGGCCGCAAAGACGUUGAGACUAAACUCCGCUUUCGAGCAGCUGAAUGUCGUUUCCUCUCUGCAUGAGCUGUCGGACAUCAUACCUGCGGAUCUUCUCACAAUACUGCGAUGCUGCAGAAUGGAACGCCGCCGAGAUCUGCUGUCCUUUGAGAAAGUGCGAACUAUUUUAAACACUGUUGACAUCAAUGAAAUAAAAACCUCAGAUUUGGUGCUUCUUUUUUCUGUUUGUGCUUCCAAUGUCGAACGGAGAGACUCCAUUUCGAAGGCAAUGACUGUGCGAGAUCCUGUCAUGCGGCACGAUAUCGACCUCGACGACGUAAUUGACGCUUUCGAAUGCGCUGUGUCAGCCCCCGAAAUUGAGGGCAUUUGCAAAAUUUGCACAAAUGCGCCGCAGGAUCUAAGCGAGCAGCAUUUGAUGCGUCUGCUGCGGUGUGCGCAAAGGUAUUCAACUACACCAAACAGAUUUUGUCGAUUUGUAGGGAAAUCCAUUUUGGUACUUGUGUCGAAUGGCCGGUUGUCCCCCAACAACGCCCUUUUGUGGACCAAGUUCUACUGGGACCAUCAAAUAAAAGACGACAGCGUAGGAAAAUGUCUCGUUUUGAGAGCAGCAGACCUCAAAACCAGUCCCCCUCCCGACUUGCACAAGACUCUCCAGAAAGCAGCAAAGCUUUAUGGAGUUGAAAAGAAAUCGAUCAAAAACCCAUCAAGGCAAUCAUCGAAAGCAAAGCGCAUAAUAUGGGAAACUUCGUAA